AUGUCGUAUGUACGUGAAACAUUAGGUACUAGCUAUAAGCCAGGCUCUAGUAAGAUAGGAACCGAAUCUCUGUCUGCUGUACGUUCUGACUGCCUUGAUCAAGUCUAUAGUAGCUUUGUGUCGGCACGUAAUGGCAUUGAAGAGAUCUAUGUAUGCAGUAUGAACAUGAGAAACACGGGUCGUAUAACCUACAUCCUACCCCGAAUCGUAUCGAAGUCCCAAACUUCACCAACCAAGUGGAGCCGCUGCACCCUAGUAGUGGGCAGCGACCAAUCCUUCAGGGGAAGAUCCUCGAACGAUUAUCUACAUCCUUCGCAAAGGGAAAAAGGUCAAGAGCCAAGGAAGACGCUGGGACCCUUUCCGCACCCCCGUACACUUCCGGGGACUAACAAGAAACCAAAAGGUGCCCGUCUCGCCUGUCCAUCCGGCCGCAUCGAACGGUCAAAAACACGGAUAUGUAGCAGCGCGCCCACAAUUAUCGUCCGAAACGCUGCGGAUAUGGUUUGUUUGCCGACUGUCCCUCCCUUGUACAUCCGUGAUGGGAAUCGGUCAGUCUCUCGGUCACCGAUGCCUUGA